CAGCGCCUUCCGGGUCUCACCGGAAGCUCGGCAGAGCACUUCCGGCCCGGCGCAGAGCGGAAGGGGCCGCUCAUUGUUGGCGCCCGAGGUCCCGCGGGGAGGGCGCGCGGCGCCUGGAGCCCCGCGGCGGCAGCAGCCAAGAUGCCAGACCGGGACGGGUACCCCCCGAGCAGCGGUGGUGACGAAGCGGGUGCCAACGCCGACGACAUCUGCCGCGAUUUCCUUCGCAACGUCUGCAAGCGCGGGAAGCGCUGCCGGUUCCGACACCCGGACAUCAGCGAGGUCACCAACCUGGGAGUUCGUAAGAACGAAUUCAUCUUCUGCCACGACUUCCAGAACAAGGAGUGCGUCCGGCUCAACUGCCGCUUCAUCCACGGCACCAAGGAGGACGAGGACUGCUACAAGAAGACGGGGGAGCUCCCCCCGCGCCUCCGGCAGAAGGUGGCCGCCGGGCUGGGCCUCUCGCCGGCCGACUUGCCCAACAGCAAGGAGGAGGUGCCCAUCUGCCGGGACUUCCUGAAGGGCGACUGCCAGCGCGGUGCCAAGUGCAAAUUCCAGCACCUGCAGCGGGACUACGAGUACGAGACACGCGGCAUGGCUGCCCGCGAGCAGGGCAUCGUCUCCGCCGGCCGCCGUUACGAGCCCUACGACGCCAUUUACGACGACGAGCCCGAGCCGGUGCUGAAGCGGCGGCGGGUGGAAGGGCUGCACUUCGAGAGCUAUGAGUACGGGUUUAGCAGCGCACGGGCGGUGGAGUACCGGCUGCUGGAGGAGGAGAACAUCCUGCUUCGGAAGCGGGUGGAGGAUCUGAAGAAACAGGUGAACAACCUGAUGGCCACCAAUGAGGUCCUGCUGGAGCAAAACGCCCAGUUCCGCAACCAGGCCAAGGUGAUGACGCUGAGCUCCACCGGCACUGCCACCGAGCAGACUCUGGCCCCCACUGUGGGCACCGUCACCAACUACAACCACAGCAUCGCGCAAACGCACACGACGCUCAGCAGCCAGGCCCUGCAGCCGCGCCCCGUCUCCCAACAGGAGUUGGUGGCUCCAGCCGGGGCGCAGGCAGCUCCCCCCACCAACGCCGCGCCCCCCCUGAAUCCCGAGAUCACCCCUCUGUCAGCUGCCCUGGCCCAGACCAUCGCACAGGGCAUGGCCCCCCCGGUUUCCAUGGCGCCGGUUGCCGUUUCGGUGGCACCGGUCGCCGUCUCUAUGGCGCAGCCGCUGGGGGGGAUCACCAUGAGCCACGCCACCACCCCCAUGGUGACGUAUCCCAUCGCUUCCCAGAGCAUGCGGAUCACGGCCAUGCCCCACUGACCGCCGGAUUUGGAAGUGGCUCCUGGUGGGGUGCAGUAACCCCAACCCCUCUUCCCGGGACUUUGGCCCUCAGCCCCGCACCCUCUGCCGUGGGAGUUUGGUAAAACCUGGGGGGGGGCAGGGGAACCCAAGGCCAAACAUGGACCCCUGAGCAGGGUCGAGGUGCCAGAGGCGCCCCAGUAUGGACACGGCCCCCCCGGUGUCAGCUCUGUGUGCGGUGGGAGCCCCGGUAUGGACACGGUCCCCCCCGGUGCCAGCUCUGUGUGCGGUGGGAGCCCCGGUAUGGACACGGCGCCCCCGGUGCCAGCUCUGUGUGCGGUGGGAGCCCCGGUAUGGACACGGCGCCCCCAGUUCCAGCUCUGUUGGCGAUGGGAGCCCCGGUAUGGACACGGCCCCCCCGGUGCCAGCUCUGUGUGCCGAUGGGGGGGGCAGCCCCGGGGCCACGGCUGCCCUGACGGGUAACAUUUUGAACUAUUAAAACCUGACAA